CUCUGGGCUGCACCCAUGGCCACCUUUAACGAGGUUAGCGUGUCCGGCUUCAAAGAGUUUGAUAAUGCUGUAAAGGAGCACCAGGGCAAGACCAUUUUUGCCUAUUUCAGUGGUUCUAAGGAUACUGAAGGGAAGAGCUGGUGUCCGGACUGCGUGGAAGCUGAGCCAGUCGUUCGAGAGGGGUUGAAACAUGUUACUGAAGACUGCGUGUUCGUGUUCAUCUACUGCCAAGUAGGAGACAGAGAUUACUGGAAAGACCCAAAUAAUUACUUCAGACAAAAACUAAAAUUAACUGCAGUGCCUACACUCCUUAAAUAUGGAACACCUCAAAAACUUGUGGAGUCUGAGUGCCUUCAGGCCAACCUCGUAGAGAUGAUCUUCUCCGAAGAUUAGGAUUUGAUGACUUCCCUAGGCAGUGGAGCCACUCGCCUUUAGUCCCGGCACUCAGGAGGCAGAGGCAGGGAAUCCUUGAGUUCUAAGCCAGCCUGGACUACAGAACGAAUUCCAAGACAGCCAGGGCUACACAGAAACCCUGUCUGGAAAAACAAAAACAAACAAACAAAAAUUGAUGAUUUGCAGUUUUGUCUUGCUUUCCUGGUUUGCUUAAAAGAAGACACAUACUUGCUUUGAAUUGACAAGUAAAUGACAUUAAAAUCAGUGUAUGUCUAAACAAUAAAGAAUUAAUACAAA